UAUAUAUUGGAGAAAAAGGACUUAAAUAGUCUUUUAAAAUAGCCGGCCUAUAUCUAGAAAUCAUGCAAAUUUAUAAUUUAUUGAACAACAAGAAAGUUAAAGUCAGUCAUUGUCGCAUAGUGCAAUUGUGAAAUUACUACCAGGGCUGCAACGGCUACUUCAACGAGUGGACAGCUCUCAGGCGCAACAGCUGUUCGUCAACAAAUAAGCAAACGUUUUACAAUUAUUAAAAUGGACCCAAAUAUACCCAUUAAGACUGAUGAGGAUGAUUCAAGCAAAACCAAACCAGAUUGCAUUGUAACAAAGCAUGCCAAGCGCGCUGUGCUGGAGUACUUGAAACAACAUGGUUGUACGCGUGCCAAUCUGGAGACAGCCGCAUGGGCACGACGAAAUAAUCAGGAGAAUGUCAUUGAUUACAUAUGUCGAGCCUAUAAGGAUGCCGAGACACGUGUCAAUCAGGAAUGUGAUUCAGUCAGCCUCAGCCACAUCAAUCAAUGGUUGCAGCUCCUGAAAUCGGCGGAGUUGUCAACGCUGUGCGAAUACGAAGCAGCAGCCGUGGUGAACGCCCUGCUGCUUAAUGAGGCGCAACCAGAGCCGGCACAGCUGGGUGGCGUCAAUAUGGGGGAGGUUUACGGCUUUGUGGAGAACGCACUAACUGGGCAACCCCAAAAGAAAUUAAGCGCGGCCAGCGAAGCGUUUCUUUCCCGUGAAAUUGAGCUGCUCAUAGAUGAGGCCAACAAUGAUCACUCGGAUAAUGUGGCGCGACGCAUGGGACAGAGUUUAUUUGAUCGCCAAGAGUACAACUAUGAAGCGGAGCCACACAAAUGCAGUUUAGAUCCAUUAUUUUUAGAUGAAUAGAUGUAGGGUGGUUAGAAAUAAACUUAUUGAACGAAUUCAUUUCCACACAUAUUUAUUAAACAUUUAAAUUCAAUUGUUUAUCGAGUUAAAUUGUACGCGUACAUUGUCACAAUCCUUUAACUGUUAAAGUUGCUCAAUCUCAAUCCUACUUAGGUGUAUAGACUGCCUGCAUCAUGUAUAUCUUGUCCAUUGUACGUAUUUGUUUUUUUUUGUUUUUAGAUAAAUUACAUUCAUAUAAUUAAGUACAUUUCUAUGUAUAAACAGUAGUUAGCACAUUUAAAAUCUAAAAUAAGGGGCUCAUUAGUUUCACACAAUUACUUGAAGUAGUGUAUAUGAAAGAGUAUAUAAGUAUUUAAAUUUGGCUUAAGAAUUCUUCUGAUUUAUCAUUUAUUGUGCAUGAUUGUUAUCAAGAUUUCUCGCUACACCCAAGCAAGUUAUGCCAAUAAAUUUUAUUUCAUAGUCUAGAGUAUAGAAAAGUGUAGAGUAUUGUUUAAAACGUCAAUAGGCAUAAAAAGAGUUGAGUGCUACUUGGACUCUCAUAGCAUCACAAUAGAUCACAAGAGACAGAGUUGAUUUGAUACGCCUUUGGUUUUUCUUUUUUGGUUUUUUUUCACUUUCUUUUGUAAGGUGUCACACAUAUAAAAACUGAAGUGAUCAUACAAACAUACAAUCAGAUUUACAUACAUAUAUAAAUACCCAUUUAAUAUUACAUUUUGUUUGG